GAAAAAUACAUACUUCAAUAGUACGUGCCAACAACCAUCGAGUAUCAAGCGUUUUUGUAUCCGGUGGUUAUUAGAUAUGGAUAGACGCAGAGAUAUGGUGGAAAUUAUUAAGCUACGAAGGAUAGAUCAAUGGGUGGUUAAUGAAGAGGAAUAUUAUUGUAAGAAUGGGCAUUUUGAAUAUAAUCACCGCAAGCACCAACGAGACCUUAUGGCCAAGGGUGAACUCGAAAAUAUCCGGCGCGAUAUUGAUAAAAUCGAAGCUAUCAUUGAUACUGGUGGCGAACUGUUUAAAAAGAUCUUCAGCUUAGUAAACCGACUGCAUGUCAAGCAUGCCUCCGCCGAAAAUGGCGAAAUUUUGGAUAUAGCGUUAGGUCUUUGA